UAGAACUUCAUCAAAAUCAAUUUCGGAAUGAAUUCUUUUACUAUUUUCAAAAACUUAUUCAGUAUUACAAUUAUAAUAAGUGUUGUGCGUGUCAAUAGUGGUACUUCACAUGAAAAAGCAGUUAUGUUAGGAAAACAUUUUGCCGCCGUUGAGAAGUUCAAGUGCAAGGACCCACAGCCUAGAGCAAUUGCUAUUUCGGAACUUUUAAACGAGAGCAUAAUUAACGAAGCAACUUGGGGAAUUACGCCAGAUAUUACAGUCCUUCAUAGAUGUGGAGCAGCAGGAUGUUGUCACAAAAACAAGACAUGUCAAGCACGUAGGACUGAAACCGUCACAUUAAUUUUUCUUAUUAAAAGAAGUGGAAGACAUAAAGAAUAUAUCGAUGUUAGGGCUCAAAAUCAUACCGAGUGUGAAUGUCAACAACUUGUAAACAGUCCAAAAUAAGUUUUAUUGUCUUUGUAUUUUAUUUUGUAAUCGUAUCAAGCUAAAUCUGUGAUAAUAACUACUACUAUAAUAAGUGUGAAGAACUUUGUUAAUUUAUUGAUUUUUUAUACAUACUCGUAUUUCUAUUUAUUUGUCAAUAAAGUGCAAG